AUGUCGAAUCUUCUACCCCAGAGCUGCUUGAGGCAGCUUACACGGAACCCUCUCCGGCAGACCACUCUACCUAUCUUCCUCGCACCUGCGUACUCCCACCCGCUGCGGACACAAUGUUUUUCAACCACUUCCCCGACACAAUCGCGAGUAGGCGGCGCUCCGAUCUCGAUACCACCAGAGGUUUCCUUGAAGUUUGUCGACCUGCCUCAGACUCAGGUACGAGGCCGGUCAAAAGAGAUUCCUAAGACUGCCAUUGAGGUCAAGGGUCCUCUGGGCGAAUUGACCUUGAACAUCCCUCCAUUCGUUGAGGUUGCACAUGAUGAAGCACUCCGGAAAGCCAGUUUGACUGUUCAAGACCCCUCGAUUGCCCAUCAACGUGCCAUGUGGGGAACCAUGCGGGCCCAUCUGCAGAACUACGUACUUGGAGUAUCGGAAGGGCAUAUUUGCAUUUUGAGUCUGGUCGGUGUCGGUUACAGAGCGAGCAUCGAGUCCACAGCGACUACAGUGGAACCUGAAUAUCCAGGCCAACAAUUCGUCUCUCUCAAGGUUGGAUAUUCUCACCCUAUUGAGCUCGGUGUUCCGAAGGGAGUCAAGGCCAGCACACCGCAGCCGACUCGUAUUCUGCUUGAGGGAGUCGACAAAAGCGUUGUGACACAAUUCGCGGCGGAAAUCAGAGAAUGGCGGAAGCCAGAGCCUUACAAGGGCAAGGGUAUUUUUGUGAACGGAGAGACAAUCAGACUGAAGGCCAAGAAGAUUCGGUGA